AUGCCUAGCCUAUAUUUCAUCUCCAUGCAAGAGGGUUCUGAAGCACUUCUUCAGGUGCUCAUUACAGAAGCGGCUUCUCUGCAGCAUCUUUACAACACUUUGGACAACGGAGAGGCGAGGCUGAGAUUUACAGCUGUGGUCAAUUUCAACAGCAAGCUGCCGCAACACGUUCAAGCUAUCAGACGAGGGCUCCGCUCACAGCUCUGCAGAGGUUAUGCUGAGACCGAGCCAGCAUCGGAGGCAGAAUCUCUGGUUGCCAUCAACAAGUUAGCCUUGGACCACCACGACCAUGACAGAGAAACGCUUGAUCUUCAAUUAACCGUCUACGGGAAUAUCGUUGCGGUGGAAGGAAAGCAGAAGGGUUUCCAUUCAAGGUGGCCAUUGGUGGGACCUGCACCAGUGGCUCUGAGUGUGAUCAGCAUGCUCCUAGCGUGCCUGCUGUCUCCUGCAUCAUGCACAACCUGCCCUCAAAAAUGCCGCUGUGAGGACCUGCAGUUCUACUGCGACACCCAGGAGCUUACGGCCCCGCCAGAUGGUGUGGACAAGGGCGCCCUGGGGUUGUCACUACGCCACAAUAGCAUCACCGAGCUCAGUCCUGAUCAAUUCUAUGGUUUCAGCCAGCUCACAUGGCUACAUCUCGACCACAACCAGAUCACCACGGUACAAGAGGACGCCUUUCAGGGGCUCUACAAACUCAAAGACCUUAAUCUGAGCUCCAAUCGUAUCACCAAGUUGCCCAACACAACCUUUAUCCACCUCAUUAAUCUUCAGAUACUGGACCUGUCCUUCAAUCAGAUGACGUCAUUAGAACCGGAGCUCUUCCACGGCCUGAGGAAGCUCCAGAUACUUCACCUUCGCUCCAAUCUGCUUCGCACUACGCCCGUCCGGGCAUUCUGGGACUGCCGCAGCCUGGAAUAUCUGGGCCUAAGCAGCAAUCGUCUCCGGAGCCUGGCCCGGAAUGGAUUUGCCGGGCUCAUUAAGCUCAAAGAGCUCCACUUGGAACAUAAUCAGCUGACCAAGAUUAACUUGGCCCAUUUCCCUCGCCUUGUUGCCCUGCAGUUCCUGUAUCUGCAGUGGAAUAAGAUCAGCAACCUAACGUGUGGCAUGGAAUGGACCUGGACCACGUUAGAGAAGCUGGACCUAACAGGAAAUGAAAUCCGUGUCCUGACACCUGACGUAUUUCAAACGCUGCCAAAUUUAAAAAUGUUGCUGCUGGAUAACAACAAACUAAGCAGUCUGGACGCCCAGGUUUUGAACAUGUGGCAGUCUUUGGGAACAAUCGGGCUGUCGAGCAACCUUUGGGAAUGUACCAAAAGGAUUUGCCCUCUGGCCACUUGGCUGAGCACUUUUAAGGGAAGGUGGGAACAUUCUAUCCUCUGCCAUAGUCCCGAGUACGCCCAAGGUGAGGAGAUACUCGACGCCGUUUAUGGAUUCCAGCUUUGCCAGAAUUUUUCAGCACCAGUCAUUCAGACCAUCAGUACAACCACAGACGCUAGUACAGCCGCAGAGAUCACAAGCUCCUUGUUUGGAAUUAUGCAGGCAACCCCCACACAGGACUAUGCAGAGGAUUUUGGGAGCUUUACCACACUCACCACCACCACCACCACCACGACAACAACGAAAACACCACGCACUGCUGAAGCAACGACGGCUUUGUUGGAAGAGGCGGCUGUGACGGAUGACUUCGCCGCUACAGACAACACAGUCAUGACUCAGAGGGUUAUCAUUGGAACUAUGGCCCUUCUAUUUUCAUUCUUUUUCAUCAUUUUUGUUGUGUAUAUCUCACGGAAGUGCUGCCCUCCCACCCUGCGGCGGAUACGCCACUGUUCAGCUAUUCAGAACCGCAGACAGAUGAGGACCCAGCAGCGGCAGCCAAUGGCAGACCUAGCCACGCAGGUACCCUAUAAUGAGUAUGAGCCCAGCCACGAAGAGGGGGCCCUGGUGAUCAUCAAUGGCUAUGGGCAGUGCAAGUGUCAGCAGCUGCCUUACAAAGAGUGUGAAGUAUGAACUCUUAUUUAUUCCCAGACCAUAUGGUUUGUCAUUUGACCAUUUCAGAUGAUACAGGGUUUGCUUUUGAUUUGUUCCAGUUUAUGUAAAAAGCAUAAUUUCUACAAGUGAGAUUCAAGUAACAUGUGUUAAAUCUUGAAUGCUACAAAGUCGGAGGUUGACAGUCAAGGGACGAAUUAGAGAUAGUCACAAAUUUAUUUUUCUAUGAAUGCAAGGUUGUUCAUAUCAGCCAGGGGCAAUCAUUUUAAAGAGGAAAAUUGUAAACUGUGAGAUUUGUCUCUACAUUGUCUAUAUUCUGCAGCACAGUUAGACUACUUUGCCAAAUGGCCCUCUGCUAACAGAAUACAGUAAGUGGAGAGAUAUGAUUUAUGCCAUAUUUCUUCUAAAAAGGUGAAGAUUUGAGGUCUUAUUUUUUACUCCAUCGCAGGCACUGUAAGCCAAUCACUCAAACACUGGGGCAGCAGAAUGUGAUUAAUCAAGUGUUCUGUUUUACAGAUCCUAUUUGUUUGUGGGAGAAUUGCAUAUUAAAGAGCACUAAGAAUGAUCUCAGUCUAAAUUCCAAAUGUAAAACAAAGGUCUUUAGUAUUACUAUUCUUGGAGAAGGAAACAUAUAAUACUCACAUCCAAUCACUUGAGCUGAUUAAAUAACACCCCCGCCAGAUCAAAGUGCUGUUUUUCUCUGAAAUUUCUAUUUUUCCAAAUCCUUUUCUGUGUAAAAAACUAAAAACAUGUACUGAAAAUGUAUUGAAUUAUAUUAAUUGGGAAGUUGACCUCUAUAAUCUGACGUUAUAUCGUAAAUUCAAAGCUGAUUUGCAGCUGACACAAAGUGCUGGAUGUUUGAGCGAUUGCUCACAAGAGCCAACCACUGCUAAUAAAUUCUUAACCUGCGGAACACAUGGAGCAGUGUUCAUCUGUGGUUAAUGUCCAGUUUACACUGUUAAAUAAAGCUCAUGGAUGUCACAACUCACAUCUGACAUGCAGAAUCAUCAGAAUUUUAAUGUAUAAAUAUCUCUAUAUGGAUUGCACAUUUCCAAAAUGCCAUGCAAACUGUGACCAUAUUUCUGUCAGCUUAACCUAGUUAAAUGUAAUUUUCUAAUUUUCCAUACCAAGACUGAUAUAUAAACAAACUGUUGUGUUUUAAGGGUUGCAAGAGAGAGAUGUGAACAGUGGAAAUGCCAAAUAGUACAACAUUUUAUUCUAAAAAUAAAAUGUCUCAGUAGCCCGUGCUCUUUAUCACUUACACACUAAUCAGGACUGACAGGCUCAAGAUUGAACCAAUUAAGGCAAGGCAAAAAGAAUCUAAUAUUCUGUCACCCACACCAGCGAUCCAGCAGCUUUUAGCUUUUCCAUCACACAAAAAUAGUUCUGGUUUAAUCAUCCUCAACACUACACAAAGCACCUCUUCAAGCCAUUUAUUUUACAACCCAGUUCUUUAUAAAAUGUCAUUAACAGCCUGAAAAAUGCACUCAGAGUGAAUAACAGAUAUCAUAUUUGUUUCUGGGUUUGGACCAACGAGUGUCAAGCUAAACUGCGAUCAAUACCCCUGUAAGCAAAUGGAGAUCCAAUGAUAAGCAAACAGUAAGCUUGGGUCAAGGCACAUUUGUAUGCAGGAGGGAGUGGAUGUGCAUUAGCAUCAGACUGAGGCUGCUGCAGCAGCUUCGCACUUCUUUGUGCUUGAUUUGGUCGUGGGGGCAGGGUGAAAGCGAGAGGGACCGGCAGAAACUGAUAGGAUGGAGGAAAAGGUUCAACUGUGCUGUGAUAACUUCAAAACAAUGUGCAUUCCUCUGCUCAAGUGAAAAAAAAAUAGAGAAUAAGAUCUGUGAAUGACGGUAUGUUGGGAUUUAAAUUAACACUGGGUAACACAUUGGGGGCUGUUUCAAUACCCGUCAGCCAUUGGACUUCCCAACUUCCCCAUCUUUUUAACGCAACCUUUGGUCACCUCUUUGGAUUACCAGCUGCUUCGUUUUAGCGAAUUUUAUUACUGCAGGGGAUCAGAAUGCAUUUCUUGGGCUGAAAGAAGGCAGGAGGCACCAUUUGUGGCUUUGUCUCUCUUAUCGAGUGUGUUAAAAUUUGGCUUAAACCUCCUACAUGAAAGCUUGUGUGUCAGUGUCUCAGCAAAUGCUCAUAUGAUGAUAAAAUUGCAUAUGUAAACCAAAAACUGUUCCACUUCAUGUUUAAAUUUAGUGAAAAGACAUUGCAUACACUGAUCAUAAUUCCAAUGCCAAGCACCUCCACUUCCUAAUUUAAAUUUUCCUCCAGCUACGCACUGCUUUUAUUACUGCCCUUCUAAUCUGUCUUGCAUGUUCAAAAUUCCAAAUUGAGUUGAAUAUUUUUUUUUAUUGUCAUUCAGCAAGCAUUAAGGGGGAGACCUCAUUUUGAUAGAAAUGGGGAUGUAUAUGGAAUUCCAGGAGGGUUCUGUCAAUCAUUUGACAUUUCACCGUUUACGACUAAAGUUGUACCAAGUGACUGGCAAUUCACAGUUUGUAGACUUAUGCAUCCCUUUGCACUCUGGCUCUUUGUAAACUGUUUUGUUUCCUCUUGUCAUUCUCUAGCCUAUAUCCCAAUCUGAAAAAAAAAAAAAAUUAAAAAAGGGGAAAAAAAGAAAAAAAAAAGAGAAAAAACUAAUUAACCAAUCCCUACUCUCUUCCCCAACCUCUUUGUGCAAAAUGAAUGCUUUUCUCUUCCCAUUUUCCUUUUGUAUUGUAAUAUGUACUAUUUCAUAUCUGUAUAGUGGAUAAGAUGUGCCAAACUAAAAAAAAAAAAAGAACAUUGUCCCCUCAAAACAUAUAUUUUUUAAAUAAAAUGGUUAUAAUUUACAAAGUGUUU